AUGGAGUAUGUACAACAUAAAGAUGGUAUUUCCGUUGUCGGAUUCCGAAGAGGCGGAGAUAGUGGGAGUAUUUUGCAUAUAUCCACACAGACACCACUAAUCCCUCUAUUUCGCAAACGAAUUUUCCUCCGCUUUUGGUCGCCUCGCUGGGUUUUUGUAGGGUUUUACUUCUUACAAAAAUCCUCAACAAAAGCACCCAUGGAAGCUAAAUCAUCAACACCUCAAAACCCUAGCGACCAAAACCAUUCUCAACCCACAAAUUCGCAGAACCCUUAUCCCAAAAUGGACGCUAAUCAAAACCCUGAUUCAGAAACCCCCGUUAGCCAAAACCCAGAAAACUCCAAUCAACCCACCAACCCGGAUGAAAAGGGGCAAAUUAACAAUGAAGAGAGAGAAAAUACCGAAGAAGAAGAAGAAGAGGAAGAAGGAGAGUGUGGGUUUUGCUUGUUCAUGAAAGGGGGAGGUUGCAAAGAUGCAUUUAUAGCAUGGGAACAAUGUGUUGACGAAGGGGAGAAAAACAAGGAAGAUAUAGUUGAAAAAUGUUUUGAGGUUACUACAAAUUUGAAGUUAUGUAUGGAAGCUCAUUCAGAUUAUUAUGAACCCAUUCUUAGAGCUGAAAAAGCAGCUGAAGAAGAGGUUAAACAAGAAAUGGAACGAGAGGCAGAUCGGAAUUCUGUUAUUAAGACAGUUGAGGAAAGUCCAGAGAUUGAAGUUCAAAAAGAGGAUUAAUUUCAGGAUUUUGGUUGAUCUUUUGUCAGCCAAAGUUGGGAUUUUAGUUGAAGAUUGGAGGAGUUCAAUUCUGACAUAGUGAGCAGGUCAGAAGAGGAGCUUUCUGAACUUCAAGGUAGUCAGCUGCUGAAUACUACACUGGGUGUGAAGGAAUUAGUAGCAAAUGAAUUUGCAAAACUAGAGGAAGAAGUAAUAAUUCCCUACAAGAGACUAUUCC